AUGACUAGUCAACCUCCCAAGAAUGAGAUGGUGUACAUGCCAGGGGUGAUGUCACCCAACCGAUCGUUCGGUGUCUUCCGCAAGGUCCUCCACACUGGCCUAUACUCUCAAUUCGUGGCCAUGGAAGUCCCCGUCAAUGGCGAGAUUGGCGACGAGAUCCACACCGUUGACCAAGUCCUCAUCUUCACCCAUGGAACCGGCAAGGCAAUCGUUGCCGGAAAGGAACAAGAAGUUCGGCAGAACGAUGUCGUUAUAGUCCCAGCCGGCACUCAGCAUCAGUUCUUGAAUAUCGGAAACACGCCGCUCGAAGUGGUUACUAUUUAUUCUCCAGCAGAGCAUGACCCGCGAACGGUACAUCAGACCAAGGCAGAGGGCGAUGCACAGGAAGAGGCUGGCGAGGAUGAAGCACCAGAGUGGAGUCAACGGAGCAAGUCGGAGAAUGAGAAGAUUGGGCUGGUCAAGGCCCCAUAA